GACGGGAAGCUGAGCGCGAAAGAGGUGAAGGCCUACUGCAAGGCUAAGCUCUCCACGGAGCUGCCACAGGAGAUCUUGGACAAGAUCAUCGGGGGUCUGGAGCCGAUCACCGCCGCAAAGUUCCGGCCGAUGCACCAGAAGGUCUUCAUCGCCCAGUGGGAGCUGGUGGCCCAGCGCAAGGCCCAGGCGGAGGAGGAGCAGCGGGUUGCCUUGGAGGAGCGGAAGCAGGCCUUCCUGUCCAUCAUGGAAGAAAGUUCGCAGUUGCUGAGCGUCGCAGAGGCGACAGCUACGGAGGCUGAGAACAAGGCACGACCGCUCAUCAGAGACGACUCCGGCAAGGCCUCCGAGGAGAUCGUGACGGAGGCGACGGAGGCAGAGCAGGUGGUGCAGCAAGCCGAGGGGGAGUCGAAGAAAGGCUUGGAAAAGAUGCAAGAGGCCAAGGAGGCUUGCGAAGCGGAUGAGAGCAUCACCCUCUUCGGGCAGACGCAGCUCAAGAAGUUGGAGCAGAGAGAUGUUCGACUCAAAGGGCGGCUGGCCAAGAUCACAGCGGCGCUGAAGUUAGCAAGGGAGAAGGCCCGGCGCAAAGCAUACGCCGAGUUCGACCAGAAGCGCACUGAGUGUGCCACGGCGAUACGGGCCAAGAUGAACUCGGAGGAGAAAUCUGUGGACCAGUUCUUCGAGGAGCUGAGCGGCGGCGAGGCUUUGUCCAAGGAGAAGUUCGUAGGCUUCCUGAAAGGCUUGGCUUUGGAGCUCUUCGACGGGCAAGCGGAGGACCUUUUCAAGAACCUCGCGGGCGAAGGAGAGCUCAGCAAGGAGGGCUUUCGAGAACUCGUGCGGGUCUACUACAAGUGCGUCAAGGCCACCGUCAUGAGCCAAGAGAUCUCCAUCAAGUCCAAGACUUUACGGCGCUUGGAAGUUGGCGAGGUCCUUGAGGCUUUGGAGGGGCCCUGCAACGAGGAGAACACCAGAGUGAUGCGGCUGCGCUGCCAGGCGACGCAGGAUGAGCUCGCUGGCUGGGUCACCAUUUCAGGCAACCAGGGCACCACCUUCCUGGAGCCGGGGGGCAACUUCUACACCUGCGUCAAGGAGACGACCCUCACCGAUGGCGCAGAUGCAGAGGAGAGCCAGACGAUUCGACGCAUCGCCAAAGGUGAGGUCAUUGAGGUGCUGGAGUUCCCGAAGAAGGGCGAAGCGGAGGUGCGGGUGAAAGCCAAGGCGAAGCUGGACGGCGCUCUGGGCUGGCCUCGCCGGCGUUGGCAUUUGGCCGUCGUGCGGGAUGCUUUGACAUGGUGGUACGCCUCGCGGGCACCAGUCUUGGCCGGAGCCUUCGAUCCUUUCGAUCGGAAAGGCUCCACAUCUCCUGCUCCUAGCGGCUUCAAGGGCAGUGGCAACUGCAGCCAACUCGAUGAGAACCUGUUGGGAUCGUUCUCCAUUAGCUGCACAGCAGCGGCUUAUGCCUUGGACCUCAGCAGCUGCGAGUUGAAGAGCUGCGAGCCCCCCAGCAGUGCGGUGGCCGGCCUCGGCAGCACCACCCAGUCCGGCGCGCUGCGGCUGGGCGAGCAAUAUGUGCACGACUGCCACAACACCACUACAGCGGGCGACAACUGCACCAUCGGCUGCGCACGCGGCUGGGGAGGAGUAGAUCAGGAAUGGCAGUGCUGGCAAGGAGCUCUCACGGGAACCUUGCCCGCCUGCGAGAAGCUCCCGGUCUACGCAGCAGUCGCAGGCCAGCUGGACUUGCAAGUGGACAACCCAGAGGAGUUUGUCCAGGAUGAGAAUGCCAAGCUUGGCAUCGCCAAGGGCAUUGCGCAGAUGGCCCAGGUGAACGCAAGCGCCGUCACUGUCCUGCUGCAGUUGCUGUCGCUCACCAACACCACCAACACGUCCAACGGCACGGGGGCGCGGCGGCUCUCAAACUUUUUGGAUAACGCCGUGGAACAGGUGCAGUACGUGGUGCGCCGGCUUGCAGUGCUGGUGGUGCGGGUCGACUACGUUAUCCGCUUGCUCGUGGAGACAGAAAGCGAAGCUGUCACGGCGGCAACGGAGCUGCUGGUGGCGGUCUCCGCUCCUUCCGACCAGGACUUUUCCGCGAUCAUCGCACAGGCGAUCGAGGAGGUUUCAGAGGGCAACUCCAGCUACACGGUGGAGGUGACAGCUCGACAGGCCAAUGUGCAGAUCAUGCUCGGCGAUCAGGCCUACGACGUGCCGAACGUCACUCUCCCGACGACGACCACGCCGGAGCCUCCGCUGAUGAUCGACGCGGGGCUGGUGGCGGGGCUCAUGGCGGCCCUGUUCGGCUUGGGCGCCUGCGGCCUGUGCAUCGGCUGCGUCUUCGGGCGCUGGUGGAUCAGGAAGAAGGAGCGUACCCGGCAGCAGCGCUUCGAUGAGUGGGGUGAUGCCAGCCCGGAAGCCCCGGAUGUGGAAAUCCCCGCCUACUCGGGCGAGAUGAUGGACAACAUGAACAACUACUACGACGAGGAUUCCUCUGAGCCGGCUUCAGCGCGCACGGACUAUGACCAGUCCGUCCCUUCAGACCAGCCCAUCGAGGAGGCGUCCCCACCGGCAGUGUCUCGCGACACCCAGGGGACCACCCAGGUAACUGCAAUUUGA